UGAUAAACAUCAAGAACAAAUUGUUAUUUCUUUACUAUAGACAUUUUUGAGCCACAGACCCUCGUCACUCAAUUCAAGUCCACUGGGUACUCUGUCAUUGAUCAACCUGCUUUUUCAGUUUGCUUCUCAUAUUUGCUCAGUGUAAGCGCAGAUUUACCCCCAACCCUCGGUCCCGUUAGGAGGAGCUCGUUCAUUUCCCCUACGGAUAAACCAAAUGAUCCCCUUUCCAGCCGCAAAGGAGUGACAUGGCAGUCGUUGUAUUUAUCUGUGUCCUGUCGCUUUUGCCGGGUUUUGCGGUGUCCGGGAGAUAUCCAGCCGAGGAGGUGAGGCCGGACUGCGGCGCUUAGCUGAGGAAUGAUCGCGCCUGUUUGUAAAUCCCUGGAGCUGCAAAGUUUUGGUCUGACAUCCCUUGCCUCAGGUAUGGUGCGGCUUGGACGGAGCUCCCCCACCCUGUCUGAAGUCACUCACCUGGAGCUUCUAGUGGUGGUGGGGGCUGAUGUGCAGCAGGUACACAGGCAGGACACGGAGCGCUAUAUCCUCACCAACCUGAACAUAGCGUCGGAGUUGCUCCGGGACACCUCUCUGGGGGCCAACCUGCGGAUUCACCUGGUGCGCACCAUCAUCCUGACAGAGCCAGAGCCGGAUAUCCAGAUCACGGGCAACAUCACUUCCUCCCUGAUCAGCGUGUGUGAGUGGGGGCGCAGGGUGAAUCCCGUCAGCGACACCGAUCCCCUGCAUGCUGACCUGCUUCUCUAUAUCACACGGUUUGACCUGCAGCUGCCUGACAGAAAUAAGCAGGUGAGGGGUGUGGCUCAGCUGGGCGGGGCCUGUACCAGCCAAUGGAGCUGCGUCAUCACCGAGGACACAGGGUUUGACCUGGGCAUCACCAUCGCUCAUGAGAUAGGUCACAGUUUUGGCAUCAACCACGACGGGACGGGCAACAGCUGUGGCAGUGGCGGAUUCAUCAUGGCUGCCGACGGCGGAUACGGCAGCACAGACCUCACAUGGUCUCAGUGCAGCCGCGAGCAACUGAGCCGCUUCUUCAGUGCAGGUCACGCAGACUGUGUGAGGGACCUGCCUGUGUUUGGGGGCUCCCUGCAGGACUGGAAGCCAGGGCUGUACUACGGCGUAGACGACCAGUGCCGGAUCGCAUUUGGCAGUGUCGCCCGGGCCUGCUCCUUCAGGAGUGGUGAUGUCGAUGCAUGCCGAGUUCUCUCCUGCCACACCGUCCCUGGCGAUCAGAGCUCCUGCACCCGCCUGCUCGUCCCUCUGCUGGACGGAACCGAGUGCGCGCCCAAUCAGUGGUGCAUGAAAGGGCGCUGUGUGUCCCCAUCUCAGCUGAGCGCCAGCAUGGUGGUACACGGAUCCUGGUCCGGCUGGACCGAGUUCUCCCCCUGCUCCCGCACCUGCGGAGGGGGAGUGAGCGCCAGGAGGAGGCACUGUAACAACCCCCGGCCUGCGUUUGGCGGGAACAACUGCGAGGGCACGGACACCGAGGCCAGACUUUGUAACACACAGCCCUGCAGGGGGAGCCAGCUGGAUUUCAUGAAGGAGCAGUGCUCGAUGACCGACUCCCAGCCGCUCCGCCUGUCCCCCACCAGCGCCUCCCUCUACCACUGGGUCCCCGCCGUGGGCCAUGUCACAGGAGACCUCCAAUGCAGGCUGCUGUGUCGCUCUCAGGGAGAGGACUUCAUGGUGAGCCGUGGGCCGCAGUUUUUGGACGGGACACGCUGCGAGCCCAACUCCCCACCCCCUCCCGGCUCCGUCCCCGCUUGCCUGGGGGGGAAGUGCCAGCUCUUUGGCUGCGAUGGUGUGCUUCACUCCACGAAGGUGGAGGACGCCUGUGGAGUGUGCGGCGGAAACGGCUCGUCCUGCAUACUCAUCUCUGCCUCCUACACGGAGGGCCGCGCUAAAGAGUACAUCACAUUCCUGACCCUUCCACAGAAUGCCACUCGGGUUCAGAUUGUUAACACACGCCCCCUCUUCACACAUCUAGCUGUACUGGUCCGGGGAAAGUAUGUGGUGGCCGGGGGGGGGCGCGUGUCCCUAAACGCCACACAUCCAUCCCCUCUGGAGGACGAUCAGCUGACCUAUCGCCUGUACCUGACCCCUGACCUCCUGCCUGACAAAGAGGAGGUGCUGCUGCACGGGCCAGUAACGGAGGAGACGUGCGUGCAGGUCUACAGGAAGUAUGGGAAAGAGUAUGGGGAAGCCACCAGCCCCAGCAUCUCCUACUCCUUUUUCCUGCCUAGGAACUCGAGCUCAAUCAGGGCCAAGUGGCAGACGCACCCCACUUCCUGUUCUGUCACGUGCGGCUCAGGGCUCCAGCAGAGCACUGUUGUGUGUCAGGAUAUAAACACGGGAGAUACCUUGGCUGACUCCCUCUGUGGGGGGGACCCUCGCCCCCCUGGCCUGCGGACUCCCUGCCACCUCCUGCCCUGCCCUCCCGAGUGGGAGACAGGGGCAUUCGGGCCCUGCAGCGCCUCCUGUGGCACGGGGGAGAUGGUGCGGCCAGUCAGAUGUGUCCAGAUGAAGGGGGAGGAGAGGGUUGAACGGCCAGCCUCUGAAUGCCCCCAGAAUUGGGUACCGCUGGCCAUCAGCACCUGCAACACUGUUCCCUGUCCUGUAAGGUGGCGUGUCUCCGAGCCUGGGGAGUGUUCGGCGGUGUGCGGCCCGGGUGAGGCCUGGCGCGCGGUGACCUGUGUGCGCACAGAGCGUGAUGUCGACUCCCAUGUGGACGACACUCUCUGCCUGCAGUCCGAAAGGCCGCCCAGCACGGUGCCCUGCGUCGUGAACAUCUGCCCCGUCGGCUGGGAGACAGAGGCCGAGGUACAGGGGAAAUACAAGAUGGUACUUGCCAUGGCCCCGCCCCCACGGGCGGAGCCAGUGUAUGUGUGGAGCCCCAUGAUUGGCCAGUGCUCAAAGAGCUGUGGAAUGGGACAGCAGCACAUAUGGUACACGUGUGUGGACCACAGCUCCACACAGCAGGUUCUGGAGGUCUACUGCAACGGGUCGAGCAAACCAGAGCCGUACACAGAACUCUGCAACCUCACCGCCUGCCCUCCAACGUGGCGCUACCAGCAGGGUGCAUGCAGCGCGACGUGCGGAGGGGGCCUGGCUCACCAGGUGUCGUACUGCUCCCGUGAUACAGAGUUGGGGGGGGAGGAGAUUGUGAGUGACUCUGAGUGCGCCGAGCCCCGCCCAUCCGAAAGGGUCCUGUGUAACCCAGAGCCCUGUCCUGCCAGAUGGCGAGUGCAGGAGGUGGGGUCCUGCUCGGCGUCCUGCGGCCUGGGGGUCUCCCGCCGGCGUGUCUCCUGUGUCCGCUUCGAGCAGGGAGCUGAGAGGGAGCUGACUGAGGACCACUGUCCCCCGAACCACAGGCCGGCCGCCACACAGCCCUGCCUGGUGCUGGUCUGCACAUUCAGGUGGGAGGUGCAGGACUGGAGUCAGUGCUCUGUGACCUGUGGGAAUGGGGUGCAGUCCAGGGCGGUGUCCUGCGUGGGACCGGGCCAGCCCCAGCAUCUGAGCCCGCUGCUCUGCAUGCAUCUGCCCAAACCAAUAACCAUCCAGGCGUGCCACCCCCACCACUGUGUCACCCCGGCUCCAGAUCCCCCCAAGGCCACAGCGCAGCCCUCCACCCCAGAAAGCCUCCCCACAGGCCUGGCUCACCCCACCCCUGGCGAUCAGGUCACGGGCGUGGUGUCGUCCAGCACUCCAGAGGUCACCGCUCAGCUGACGACCCCCCCGCCAGCUCCUACAGUCCCCACCCAGACCAGUCCGUGUGGGCAGCUCCUCCUGCAGGAGUCGGGCCAGGUGAACCUGAGCGGGGGUACCAGCCGUGACUGUAUCCUGACCAUCGGGCGGCCGCUGGACGAGGUGGUCCGCGUCACCGUGGAGUUCAGCUCCCUGGACUGCCCCAGCAGGGAGUUUGUGGCGUUCUACGACAGGCUGAUGCUGGUGAAAAAGUGCGAGCGAGUCUCCGGCUUUACGAUCACCAGUCACACCAAUGUCCUGCUGGUGCGGCAGGGGCUGGUCACGGCCGGCAAUGGGGUCCUGCUCACCUACCGCAGCCUGAAGUCCUCCAAGAAAGGCCUCUACAGAGACUGUGACCAGCAGCUGUUCGGGCCGGCGGGCAAGAUCGUGAACCCUACGAGACUGGCAGCACCGAGCGGGCAGGCCUGCCGCGUCUUCAUCAACACCCAGCCAUCCACUCGGAUUGAGAUCCGGGCCCUGAGUAUAGAACCAGCGCUGGAGGGCAUUGCGACCCAGUCCACCUUCAUACUGAUCCGGGACGUCAGGGCGAUGAAGACCACCGUUUUCCUUGGCAACCAGCUGUUCCUGUGGCGCUCUGCUGGCAGUGCUGUGGAAAUUGAGUUCCACGGAGGCUUCCUGCAGCAUUCUGGGAGCUUCCAGGGGGAAUAUUCUGCCAUCUGACCUUGAGUGGCUGUGCUGUGCCCCUCCCACCAUGGCCUGCGCUUUGUGUCCCUACCACCAGCCCCGCCCAUCUCCCCCCACAGGCCCCACCCAUCUCCUCCCACAGGCCCCACCCAUCUCCUCCCACAGGCCCCGCCCAUCUCCUCCACAGGCCCCGCCCAUCUCCCCCAACAGGACUGUAUCAAGCACAG